GUUGCUAAAAGCUGCAGCGGAUGAAGAAACAUCAGUCGCUGGAACCUCCUCGAAUAGCGUGCAGUCGUUUCCACGUUAGAGGCACAUCUGUACUCCAUUUAUCUUGUAGCAGACCUGUGCAUCCAUAACUGUGAUACAGUCUACUAGUCUGUACGAAGAAUUUCGAAGGAUAAACCCAGCUCGAAGAUCCAUUUAGCCGAAGCGCCGAAGGAGGAAUUGCCUAGCAAUUUGAUCGAGUGUUCCAAGUGAAACCACAUUGUUUUGAACCUGAAAGGGGUCAAACGAAGAAGCAAGAGAGGAAUCGUUCUAAAUUUACGUGUAAAUAAUCGGAGCAGAGAGGAGACGAAAAGAGAAGACCGGCGUGUGAAGAAGAGACGGUGGGGCAGCACCGUGACUAUGUAAACUACCAGCAAAUAUUCUGUGUGAGCGCGUGCGCAUAACGGAGUAACCCAUAGCGGCAACGUUAGAAGCUACGGUGAACAACGUGGUCAGGAAGAUCGAGGACAACGAAUAAUAGGCUAAGUAAAUUGUGGGAAAUAAAGGGUGAGGGUUACACGAGGAUAGGUAAACCGAGGGUAGAACUGGGCUUCUCUUCGACCAAAGACAAAGAAGCUCGCAAACUGGCUCCAGAGGUGAGGAUCAAGCAAAUUGGAAUGAGGGAGGACCUGUUGUCCAUAAUACGGCACACGAGCAGCGAUCACUUUUCGGAAGAACUUUAGCCGAAGAGUCAACGGCAGAAGGAGGAGAACUAGCAAUAGGCCACUAACUGUUUACGAGUAUAAUUCCGUACAAAUAGAGGGCUCUUGCUAGCUUGGAUAUCCAACCGAAAAACGUUGCCAGGCAUCCUUUCAUCCUUCCUGUCAUUGAUUCCGUUCUACCUGCUGGUCGGCCCUGAUUUUCCCCGGAGGAAAAUAAGGAAGACCUUUCGAACAAGUCCAUUCAUUUGGUUAUGCCCUGGGCUGCCGCCUGCUUUGACCUGCUGGCGGCUCCAAUAUUUGGUCAUUGUCUCUCCGCGAGGAAGCUCCCAUUGCAAGCCGCCAUCCUCCAAGAAGGAAGCGACGAAUCUAUCAUAACACUGGCAGCUAACGCGUCCAACACGUCGGGCAUACGGAACGGCAACUCUUUGAGCGCUGACACCAUGGCUCCCAGUGUGGAGGAACAGCGUCAAGAACCCGGUAAGGAUAAGAUCGCGGUCAGGACACCGGGAAUAACGAAGUCACCACGCAAAUUUGCCGGGGUGGUGAUCGCUAUGUGCGGUUUGCCAGGUCGUGGAAAAAGCCAAGUGGCUCAGUGCCUCUCGCGCAGACUCAAUUGGAAUGGCGAUUCUACCAAAGUGAUGCGAGUAAGCGAGUAUAGGAGGAAAAGAUUGGAACCAUAUGGAGAAGCAGUAUCGCAUGAGCUAUUUCAGCCAGACCAUACGGCGAAUGCAGCACUGAGAGCUUUGGCUCAACGGGACGCCAUGCACGACUGUGCUGCAUGGCUUGCAGCUGGGAAUUCCGUAGCUAUCCUGGACGCCACGCUGGUGACACGAGCACAACGCGCCGAGGUCUUCGACUACUUUUUCGGGCAGCUCGGUUACCGCGUGCUUUUCAUCGAAUGCGUCUGCGACGAUCCAGUCGUGCUGGAGCGAAAUUACAAGGAGAUACUACGGUACAGCACCGACUAUGUCGGUAUGGAUCCAGUGCGGGCUCAGGAAGAUUUGAGACUCAAGGUAGCUCAUUACGUUCGAUCGUACGAACCGAUGGACGAGAAGAAUUACUCGAGGAUCCGCAUCGACACCGCUACCAUGGACAUCGAGACGCACAAGGUUUCGGGUCACAUCGAGACCAGCGUGUUAGGAUAUCUUGGAAGCGUCACCGUCAUGCCGCAUACUCUUUACUUCUCUCGGCACGGUGAAAGCGAGUACAACGUGUUGGGUAAGGUCGGUGGUGAUGCCGUGUUGAGCGCACGUGGCGAGAGAUACGCUCAGGCAUUGGCGACGAAAUUCAACGCUAUGCGUAUUCCCGAUCUCCGAGUUCUGACCAGUCGUCUUCGAAGGACUAUCGCGACAGCGCGUGGGGUGGAGGCGCCGCAAGAACACGUGGCGGCUCUGAACGAGCUCCAUGCCGGAGUUUGCGAGGGGCUUUCAUACGAGGAGAUGCAAGAACACUAUCCACAGGAAUUCGCUUGGCGGGACCAGGACAAGCUGCGCUAUCGUUAUCCUUGGGGAGAGAGUUACGUGGACGCGAUGCAACGGGUGGAGCCGGUGUUAGCCGAACUCCAGCGGUCCCACAACGUCCUGGUGGUGUCCCACCAGGCGGUAUUGCGUUGCAUCAUCGGGUUCUUUAUGGACAAAAAGCCCGAGGAGUUGCCCUAUAUGGAGGUGCCGUUGCACACGAUCAUCCGAGUGAGCAGUCAGGGCUACAAUUACAAGUUGGAGUUCUUCAAGUUGCCCAUCGAGUGCGUGAACACGACUCGCGUGAAGCCGAAGAACUGCAGCGCCGAUAGAACCGCGGAUGAUGCUCUGCUGACGGUUCCUGCGCAUUUCGAUAUACCGGAUCCAUGGAGAAAUCCUGGUAACGGGCCAACUCUCGUGCAACAGCACUGAGAAACCGCUCGGUCCACGAUCACGUCCAAAAUUCGAUCUCUUUUGGGCUGCAAUUUCAGACGAUUUCAAUAGUUAACGUCUCGCUUGAGUCGGUUUGGAUUGGGGAGAUCUAGGGGGGAUGGCUCGAGGAAGUCGAUACGAUACCGAAGGGAUUCGUUGGGGUUACAUUCGUAACGCGUAACUUAAGAUAUAUUUAAGAAUAGAACAGCUGUACCGGAAGUUUAUGUAUCCUCGUAAGUAGACAGAAAGAAACGAUUUCGACGAGUAGCUUUAGAGAAAGCGAUAGGCUCGAAACGCUUCUAUUGGAAUUCUAAACUCAACUGUCUUCUACUCGAUCGGUUCCUUUCAACGUUUCGUUCGGCUUCUUUCGGUUUGUUUCAUUGUCAGUCGUUUCGGUUUUAUUCUCCAUCGUGUCAGCUUAUUUUUUAUUGGCAGCGACCCUGUAUCCUGCUGCUUGAGCCCUCUAUAUGUUACGUUUAAGCAAUUUAGUUUAAGUCUUUUUUUGGAUAUAGACGAAUAAUCGAUACCGUGUUAGUCGUGUACCUUGUGUUUCGUAAUUGUACCUUUACACGUAAGUGAACAGACUGGCAACUUUGAAACGUUAGGAAAUAUGGAGCACGCUUUUGUACGCUGUCAUGCUCUUUGACAACGAACUUAGUAUUCGGAAUUAAAAUUGCUAAUCAAAAAUUCCACGAAGCGUGCUGCCGUCAAAAUGUUACUUAAAUGCACAUUGGAACAACGAGAACAGCAACAAAUAUUUUUAAAUAUCUUGCUAGAUUUAGCGCAUAGACCUACGCUCUUUCCUAGUCUAUCAUACAGAUUUUAAACGAUGUUAGAAAUUCUUAAGAGAACAUUAGUAGUUUAGUACUGUACAAAGUUGCCCGUCGAUUACACCGAUGAUAUUGUUGUUAACGAUGAAACAAUGAUCGUAUUUUAGAUUAUAGAAAUGACGUGAAGCGUCCAAAUAUUGUAUGUGCAUUUUUAAGCACACAAUCGACGAUACUGUGAAACAAAUUUUAUUAUAAUUAUGACACUACAUCCCGAGGUUGACAACUUCCGAAAGUAUUCCACGCCUCGGAUGUUCUUUUAUGUGAGAAGCAAUCAGCGAAACACUUACGUGAUUCUGUACAGCAGGCUCUCGUUACAUCGUCACGUAGGAGCAAAGAAUUUUUAAUGGCAGUGGAUUAAUCUGUGCAAUAUAUAUUCAGAAAUUUCUAAAUUUUUCUAAAUUUGAUAUUUCUAAUAUUGCUCUCUAUCCGUACACUGCAACAGUUGCUUGUAUGUGUGAAAGUUAAUGUGGCAAUAUAACGAGAGUCUACCGUAGUCAAAGCAAUGCAAGAGAAGCGUUGUCUCGUCGAUGUGUACUAUCGCGUUUCGAGUAGAUCAGCUAUCUCGUAGACGAUAUAAACGUGCAUAAUAUUUCGUUAGGCAUCGCGUGAAGAUCCUCGAGGAUUCGUACCGAGUAUAAUAGCUUCGAGGAUCCACGGAUGCAGAAUGUUCUAAUCCGGAAGCGAUAAAAACGGAAGAGAAAAUACGCGAAUCAUACGGAGUCUAUUUGUUAGAACGAAGAGAGCGAUUUAUUUUUGAUAGAAGUUAAACGCGUCCGCGUCCCGAGCAUCGCUUUUGCCAGAUUUUCGUGAUUGAACGACGAAAAUUAUCUAGUCGGGCGUCGAUCCAUUGGCGAACAUUUUGACAUUCGUUUUAUUUUUUAUCAUCUAAGGGACAAAAUGAAGUUAGCGAAGCGUAUAGACGUUUAAGUCGUAUCGUAGAUACCUUUUGUUCUUUUCUCUUUUUUUAAAUUGUACAUUAUGAAUAAACGUUUUCUUUUUU